GCAGGUCUAGGAGCGUCUCAUUGAUGCUAGAAGGUCCUCGAUGCCUUCGACCAAGUCGCUACUUCAGAUGAUACUUUCUCUAACGUCUUCGCUGGUUUGCGUGUUGAACAUCCCACUACACUCGAAAGCCUUCACCAACUCGGUAACCUCUCGCAUUUGAAUGGAGACUGGAUCAAGCUUCAUGCCCGAACGGCUUGCCGAGGAGAAAGCCAUGCCGUUGUCGGCUUCUCGGUUUUAUGGCGGAGCUGCGCCGCGAUCAUGGAUAGGCCGGGAUGCCUCGCUGGAUGUACGACGGGUAUGUGUAGCUGUACUGGGUGGAUCCUGGGUGUCCGAGGAUGAGGGCGCCGGGGUCGUCGAAUCGGCCUUUGGGGAUGUGGAGCGUCGGUACAGUAGUCGACUGAGGGUGGAAACUACAAUCGUCGAUCGAGGCAACGUCGCUAAUGUUUGUCAGCCCACCACUGCUCCGCCAUCGUCCUCUCUGAUCCGGGCCCGCAGAGGCGUUGCUACUACAUUGCAAGCAUUUUCAUCUACCGGCUUCCCAAUUCCAGCUCCCAAGCACGCGCGUCCCUCGUCGACGACACUGCGCGGAACUGUCACACCGCAAGCAUGUUUCUCGCCACUGUCCAACACCAUCACCGCAGAACCACCUCGGCCUGGCAGGCUUUACGAUGGAGAUGCGUUUCCCCGGUAUUAUGGAGGACGUCGACAGCGGCGGCGGCGGGGGUGAAUGGAUGGGCCGUUCCGCUUACACCGGUUUCGCUGCUCACGCUGUCGAUGGCGUCACUCUGAAGUCCCUCCUCAGUAUUCCAACCGGCGUUUUCAAAGACCUGACUCCAGCUCGUCUCAAAGCCGGGGCUCUCGACCUUGGCAACCUCAGGUUCCUUGUCAUCAAUGAGAAGUCCGUCAUCACUCUUGCAAUGUUCGGAUACAUUGAUCGCCGAUGGAAGCAGCUCAAAGGAAACAAUAUGUUCUUUGGUUGGAUGAGUUGACGUCCUUGUCGCUGUCGGAGGAGGCAUAACUGCUAUUUGUG